AUCUGCUACGCCAACGGACAAGAAACACGUGUGGAGUUUAUAUUUAUUAAUAUUUUACUUAAAAAACCGCAAAACAAGCGUAUAACUAUGAGUGGCAGACUAUUUGGUGGGUCAGACGACGAGGGCGACGACCUGCAGCUAACGACCAACCAGGACUAUGCCAAGACAUACAACAUUCUGCGCAAGAAGGAACUGCUUCAGAAAUAUAAAGAUCGCGGCCUGGAUGUCUCCGAGUCCGAGUUCGACAGUGACAGCGAAUCUUCGGAAGAGGAUGAGGUGAAUCCCCAGUUUGAUCAAGACUUCUUCAAGACACUCUCUUCUCUGAAGAGCAAAGAUCCACGAAUAUACGACAAGGAGACGCGCUUUUUCAACGAGUCCUCCGAAGACGAGGAUAACAAAGACGAGCAAACCAAAAGAAAAAGGUCCAACAAAGCCAAACCGGUCACAUUGAAGGACUACGAACGGAAGGUUAUCCUCGAGCACAAUGGCAAGUUCGAGAGCUCCGAUGACGAGCAACAGCAGAAAGAGGAGGAGGAGUUUGAGCGGGCGAAGUCACCCACUGCAGUGGAGGAAGAGCGACGCUUGAAGGCAGAGUUCAGCAAGGUAAUGAACCAGGAGGACAUCGGGGAAGAUGAGGAGUUCGGUGGCAUAUUCAAGAAACGCACCAAGACCAAGGAGCAAGCGGAUGCAGAGGAGGCGGAUUUCGCCAACUGGCUUGCUGGCCAACAGACAGAGAUUGAACAGAAUGUCAAAGAGCAGCUGGAACCCCUGAAGGAAUACUGGAGCAGCAACAAGCUGACACAGGGCGAGUGCUUCCUCAGGGACUAUAUUCUCAGCAAGGGGUACGCCAACACAGAUGAAUCGAAGAUACCCACCUACGAUGAGAUUGUGGGCGACAAUGCCCCGCUGUCCGAGGACGAGCAGGAACUGGAGAAGCAGGCCGAGUUUGAGCAAAAGUACAAUUUCCGUUUCGAGGAACCAGAUGCAGAGUUUAUCAAGCGCUAUCCCCGCACCGUAGAGCAAUCGAUUCGUCGGACAGACGACAAGCGGAAGGAGAAGCGCAAGGAGGUGAAGGAGCGAAAGGAGCAGGAGAAGCAGCAAAAAAUGAAGGAACUGGAUCUGAUCAAGGAUAUGAAGCGCAAGGAAAUCGAGGAAAAAAUUCGCAAGCUGAAAGCAGUCACUGGCAACGAUGAGCUGGGUUUCAGGGACGACGAGCUGGAGGAGGACUUUGACCCUGCUGCACACGAUCGUCGCAUGCAAGAGUUGUUUGACGAUGAGUACUACAACGUUGAUGAGGGAGAGGAGAAACCAGAGUGCCCUUCGGACAUUGACGAAUUGACUCUGGAGGACUGGGACAACUAUGACCCCAGGAAACAGAGUUCAAGGGAUCAUGACGAUGACGAACACUGUGAAGAUGAUGAUUUCAACAUGGACUGCGACUACGAUCCAUCAACGUCGAAGCAGCAGCUCCAGCAGGAGCUGAUCGAUAGCACACGCGGUCGCAAGGGUCGCAAAGGGCGUCGCAAUCGUUUCAUGGAGAUGAUUCAGGCGGAGAAGCCAGCCUUUAACCCCGAAGAAGAGAAGACCUACGGCGAGUAUAUCGACGAGUACUAUCAACUGGACUGCGAGGACAUAGUCGGGGACCAGCCGUGCCGCUUCAAGUACGUCGAGACCACGCCAAACGACUUCGGCCUGACCAUCGAAGAGAUCUUGCUCGCCAAGAACAAGGAGCUAAACCAGUGGGCUAGUCUCAAAAAGGCAGUGCAGUUCAGGCCAGAGCAUGUGGAGAAGAAGGAGCAACGAUUAUACAAAAUGAAAGCCAAGAACGAAGAUCUCAAGCGAAAGAUAUUUAAGAGUCUGUAUGGAGAGGAAGGUUCUGAUGAUGAGGAUCCUCCAUCGGAGAAGAGUCCACAAACUGCUGCUGCUGCCCCAGCCGCUGCUCAAAUCCCCACUGAGGGUCUGUCCAAAUCAAAGAGGAAACGUUUGAAACGCAAGGCAGCAGCAGCUGUUGCAGAGAAUCCUGAACAGAUUGUACAGGAUCGUGAUAAUGAAGCAAAGCAAAUGGAGAGCCAAAGGGAAGAUGAGCCUGCCACAAAAAAGAGCAAAGAAGCGGGGGAUCAAACACCCAACGGGGUCGAAGAGCAGCAGCCGCAAAACAAGACGAAGAAAAAGAACGCUGUUGGUAAAAAUCAAAAGCUCCCCAAAUCAGGGGCUAACGCUAAGCCGGCACAGAAUCCGCGUCCAACUGAGUUAAAAGCAGACAAGUCAAAUGGAAAUAACCCAUUUAACAGUAAACAAAAUCCUAUGCCAAACCAUGCUCGGGCACAGCCGGCAGUCAGGAAAUUCAAAGGCAAACAGAUGUUAGCACCUAGUGCAUUAUCUGAUGGCCAUGGAUCAUCGGGGACGAGUCCUCCCCAAGGCAAACAGGAGCAAGCGACAAGAGCAUCAUCUGGGGCGAAUCCAUUUAAAAAAUCAAACCAGAAGGCGGGGGACAGACCAUUCCCAGCAAAGAAGACAAACAACUUUAAGGCGAAAUGCAGGACAGACAGCGGACAUCCCAGUGGAAUAACCGACGAUCGCCUGAAGGCCUAUGGCAUCAAUCCCAGAAAGUUCCACAAAAGGGAAAAGUACGGUAAAAAGGAUAACUAGGGCCAGGCCAGGAAUAGGAUUACAAUAAUAGCACUAGUAAUAUAUUUUGAAGUAGUUACAUUUUAUGUACAUACAUAACAUAUUAACAUAAUAAAAGACUCGAAACAGGCA